AUGCCACCUCCGGCACCGGGGUCCAACGACACCCCGGUUGCCGAGCGCUGGGCCUCACUGCCCGAGGAUCUGAUCCGCCUCGUCUCGUCGCGCGUGCUCGCCGGCGACCUGCUGGACUACGUCCGCUUCCGGGCCGUAUGCGGCGGCUGGCGGUCCGCCACCGCCUCCCCUCGCGGUCGCGGCGUCGUCGACCCGCGGUUCCACCCGCGCCGCUGGAUGAUGCUUCCGGAGGGCCACGGCCUUCACCCCGGCCACCCUCACCUGCGCGGGUACAUCCGCUUCCUCAACCUCGACACGGGGACCGUUGUCCUCAGCGACCACUGCGUCGUCGAUUCGGUCGACGGCCUCCUCGUCCUGCUACGGGACCAGGACAGCGCCGUCCGCCUCGUCCACCCUUUCACUGGCGACAUCGCUGAGCUCCCACCGCUCGCGACCGUCCUCCCGCAGCUAGGCACACUGCUGGAUACCUUACCCGCGCCACACAGGGUCAAAAGGCUCGCGGAGUCAAUCUGUGCUUCUGCUUCCUUCAGCGGUGGGGUCAUCACCGUUAUGCUUGCUCUUCAUGAGGUUUUCCAGAUUGAUCCACCUGUGAAUGGUGGGAUGGGCUCCGGUUCUAAGCUACAGCUGCCAAAGUUGAUUGCCACACUCCCAGAAGGCAACCUCGAUGUUCCUAUGGGUCUCGUAGAAUGUGAUUCAGAAAUCCUGGUGGUUGGCUACAAAGAUUUCGACAUGCUUCACUUUGUAGUUUUCAAGCUCACGGAUCUUAUCCAGCGAAGGUAUAUCCCGAUAACAAGCAUCGGAGGCAAUACCUUGUUCAUUUCAGAAAGGAACUUGAGUGUUGCCCCUAAAGCGUUGCCUACCCCUUUGGGUGACAGUGUCGUCUGUUUUGAACCAAGGCAACACAAUCUUGUGCACCAACAGCUCACUGGUGGCACCUGGUCACCAGCAACCGACGAUUGCAGCCUGUAUGGUCCUGCACCUGUAGGUCCUUGUAGCCUCAUCCACCUUAUCUUCAGCUGCUGUAUUCGCAUUCGAUGGAACAAAGGGCUAGUAUUCGGGAACAAAGGGCUAGUAUUCGGAAAGUACAUAUUAGGCUCAUAUGGUUCAGUGCGAAGAGCAAGAGGCUAG